AUGUCAUCAUCCCCGGACACCUCCGUAGCUCCUAUCGAGGUCGAGGUGAAAGUUGCAAUCAAGGAUCAAAACACGUCGAUGGAGGAUACCAAGGCUGACGAGGGCGGCCAGGAAAAGAAGAAGGUUCCCGAAGAGGACAAGAAGAAAGAUGAAUCUAAAGAACCCGAUGUUCCCCAAGGGAGCAUCUCCGAAGCCAAAGCUCUCUACGCAAAGAAAGACAGUGAUGGCAAUUACCAAUGGGUCACUGAAGAACCAAAAGAUGUACUCGAUGCGGCUGAGAACAAGGAGACGGCUCGAUAUGCGUUCCUCGUGCGCAAAAAGAAGAGCUACGACAGUCGUAAGAAGUACGAUAUCGACUCCAUCAUCGUCCAGAGCCCUUGGCUAAAGAAAUGUUUGGGAGUGGUGCUUGAAGAAUACCCCGGUAUCACAACUAAUCUUGAACGACUGGUCUUCCGAGCCCCCUUCCAUCCCUUCGUCCAUCGAUGGACUCGGCUGGCAGAUAUGCUGGAGAAGGAUGAGUUCGAGGAGCCCAUUGCUAAAGAGCACCUUCAACUCUUUCACGAUGUCCUCUUCGAGGAACUCGAGAAUGCCAUCGCCGCCAAAAUCGAUCUCGUCAAGAAUGGUGUCAUCACUUUCGAACACUUGUGGACGAUCUUCGAGCCCCAGACACUGGUGUACACCGUGUCUGACGGCAAGGAAUGUGUUUUCAAGCUCAACUCAGCUAACACCCUUCUCGAUUCGCAACGGGGACGUAAAUAUUUGCAAAUGGACGUGUGGGCCUGCGACUGGGAUGGAACGAAAUUCGGUCGCAACAACACCUCUCUGCAGAAUUAUGACUUCCCCGGGACAAUGGCCAUCACCUCUCUGCAGGUAUUCCCACUCGACUUCCAUCCUGACAAAGAGGAACUGGUUCGGCGGCUGGUGAUCAGAGGCAAGCUCUUUGAGCGCUUUGCCGGAUAUCACUACCAAGCAUACCGAGGCAUGGCACUAGGAUACGGUCGAUGCGGUAUGAUUCGUCACAACUUGGAAUCUCGGAUCAUCAUCGACUGCGAAGCUCAUAAUCGCUUCUUGCCGAACGACGCGGUCCAUUUCAGCUCGCUCUCCCGAUCCCCAAAUACCCCUGUACCUAGCCUCGUGUCUGGCGACUUCGACGACGAUUCCGAGGACUAUUAUGAUGACGCGUCGGACUAUCUCGAUGCUCCCGAAACCGACAAUGGAAAUACUUCCGCCAAGCCGAAGCAUCGUCCUUUGACCGUCGAAGAGCUUCUUAUUGCGGUUCCAUAUGUUCGGGGAUACGCCAUCAAGACUAAGAAGUGGCUUUGGUUCUAUGUCGACCAGAUUGAGCCCAUCAAAUUCGCCGACAACGCAUUUUCGUCGUUGGUCUUGCCAGCUGAACAAAAAGCACUCAUUCGCGCAUUUGUAGAAUGCCAGGUCAAGCACAAAGAUGAUUUUGAUGAUAUCAUCGCAGGGAAAGGACGUGGUAUGAUCAUGUUGCUCGCAGGACCUCCAGGAGUGGGCAAGACCCUGACUAGUGAAAGCGUCGCCGAAGAUAUGAGAGUCCCACUGUACAUGAUGAGCGCAGGAGAUCUGGGAAUUGAUCCGAGCGGGAUUGAAGAAUCCCUAAAUCUGGUGCUGGACAUGGUUAGCAAGUGGAAUGCGGUCCUACUACUGGACGAGGCAGAUGUGUUUCUGGAAGCGAGAAGCACCCACGAUCUCGAACGGAACAAGAUGGUGUCCAUCUUUUUGAGAGUCUUGGAAUACUAUGAAGGUGUCCUCUUUCUGACUACCAACCGACUCAAAAACAUUGAUGAAGCCUUUCAUUCACGUAUUCAUGUCACACUGAACUACCCGAACCUCUCGCAAGACUCCCGACGGCAUAUUUGGCAGACAUUCCUGGGUCCUGGGAGUAACGUGACAAGCAGAGAACUCGAUCGUCUCUCUCAGGUGGACCUCAAUGGUCGACAAAUCAAAAACAUGUUGAAGACAGCGCAGAUGCUCGCUCGGAGCCAGGGGCAAGCCAAGGAUGGGAAGGUGGCGAUGCGCCAUAUCGAAACCAUCCUUGCCAUCGAACGAGGCACAUCUUGGGAGUGA